UGGGGCCUGAGUGCCAAGAAGCGAGCGCCUCCCUGCCCUCGCCCAGUCUAACCCGGCGAGACGCUGCCGUCUCCGAUCCCCGGGCUCCUCUCCUGGUCCUCGCGCUCUCCUCUCCCCGUUCCUCUGCCCAGUCGCGCGCUUCCCUCUCUGCCAUGUUAGCCGCUCUCUCUCUUUCUGUCUCCUCCACAGAUCUCGCGAGAGCGGCCGGCUGCUGCUGGUGGCUGCGGAGGGGGUUGGAGCGGCGGCGGCAGGAGCAGUAGCGGCGACGGGCGGCGGCGGCGGCGGAGGCGGCGGCGGCGGCCGGGGGGGCGCAGGCAGGCAGGCGGGCGUCGGGUAGCCCGAAGGCAUCAUGGCGGACAGAGACAGCGGCAGCGAGCAGGGCGGCGGCGGCGGGGCGCCGGGCUCGGGCCCUGGCGGUGGAGGGCCCGGCAGUAGCGGCGGUGGCGGCGGGGUGGGCCUCCAGCACGAGACGCAGGAGCUGGCCUCCAAGCGGGUGGACAUCCAGAACAAGCGCUUCUAUCUAGACGUCAAGCAGAACGCCAAGGGCCGCUUCCUGAAGAUCGCGGAGGUGGGUGCGGGAGGCAGCAAGAGCCGGCUGACGCUCUCGAUGUCAGUGGCGGUGGAGUUCCGCGAUUAUCUGGGCGACUUCAUCGAGCACUACGCGCAGCUGGGGCCCAGCCAACCGCCGGAGCUGGCGCAGGCCGCGGACGAGCCCCGGCGGGCCCUGAAAAGCGAAUUCCUGGUGCGCGAGAACCGCAAGUAUUACAUGGAUUUGAAGGAGAACCAGCGCGGGCGAUUCCUGCGCAUCCGCCAGACAGUCAACCGCGGUCCAGGCCUCGGCUCCACACAGGGCCAGACCAUCGCCUUGCCAGCCCAGGGGUUGAUCGAGUUCCGCGACGCCUUGGCCAAGCUCAUCGACGACUACGGCGUGGAGGAGGAGCCGGCCGAGCUGCCCGAGGGUACCUCCUUGACGGUGGACAACAAGCGGUUCUUUUUCGACGUGGGCUCCAACAAGUACGGCGUUUUCAUGCGGGUGAGCGAGGUCAAGCCCACCUACCGCAACUCCAUCACCGUCCCUUACAAGGUGUGGGCCAAAUUCGGCCACACUUUCUGCAAGUACUCGGACGAGAUGAAGAAGAUCCAGGAGAAGCAGAGAGACAAGCGGGCCGCCGCCGCCGCCGCCGCCUCCUCCUCCUCCUCCGGCGGAACAGAGCAGCAGCCGGAGUCCGAAAGCAGCAGCAGCACCGCUAUCCCCACUGGCCCGCCGGGAGCCUUGCUGCAGGCGGAGGAGCCAGAGGAGGAUUGAUCUCCAUCUGUCUUUCCUCCCUCCUCCCCACAUCCCUUCUUCCCACUUGGCUGCCUCCUCCCUGCCCUGCUGCACAGAGACACUGGUAAUAAUGACAACAACACAGAGAAAGACUUUAUACUGUAAGGGAGAGAAAGAGAGAGAAAACCAACAUCCACAAACCGAAAAUAACGCAUACAAUUAAAUAUACCUGUUAUAACUCCAAGGGGAGCACCAUCUACCUAUCCACCACCAAAACUGACAGCCGAGCAAGCAACUUCUUUCUCUCCACCCCAUCGCUGGAUUGUUCCUUCCACUCUUGCUCAUCGUAUAAAACAGUAAGCAGCUGCUAAAAACAAACAAACAAAAAAAUUACAAAAAAAGUAAUAACAUUAUAUAAGAUGAACUGUGUUUCCUACUUGAUUAAAAAAAAUAUAAAGAACUGAGUGUUUAUUUCCCUAAUUAACCAAGAACUUUUGUACACGUUUAAGCUAUUAUUAUUAAAAAAAAGUGUUUGCAAAAAUGGUCAAGAUUAAAAUAUUGCUGAAUUAUAUUAAAAAAGAGAAAAUGUCCUUUUCAUGUUGAGCUAACAUUUGACUUUAGCACAAAAAAAGAGAUAUUUUAGAACACGUAAAAUAAUAUUUUUAGUUUUUCUUCUCAUUUUGUUACCAAAUUUCAAAACCUUUCAUGGAGGUUAUUAUAGUAUAUUUGACACCCUAUAUACCUGUGAUUAGAGAUGUGUAUAUAUAUAUGAGGGCUAGGCAUGCUGUGUGUCUGAGCUUUGUCUAAAUGUUAUGCAGAAGUCUGUAGAGUUAAAAGGUACGUAGGUUUAAUUCAUGCAAGGUAAACAAUAAGUGCUCUCUUUUAUACAAUAUGCAUUGCAUCUGGACCUUAAGCAUAUAAAAUGGUCAGUGAAACUUCUGUGAACAUAAAGAAAAAAUAUUAAAAAGGCAUUUAAAUGAAAUUUGCUAACUUGUGAUUUUUAUGGUUUGAACCAAAGUUAUUCAAAUAGUAAAAAGAGAGAGAGAAAUGAUCUCCCAUAUUUUUCUGCACCUGUUUGGUUUACAACUAAGUAGGUAUCUUGUCAUUGUUGUGUAUAUGAGAUGUAAUUGUAUUGUUCAUAAUAUAUAUAUUUUUAUGAAGUGUACUUAAAGUACUUUAACAUGCAGCGAUUUUCAGUAUGCCUUUUUUUCAACAACAGGUGGUAAAGGUUUUUUUGUGUGGCCACUAGCACUAUUCUUUUAAUUUGUUCAGAGUCUCAGUCAAAACUCCAGCUUAUGCUAGUGCUAACUAACUUGUGUAGGCCUGUCGUAGACAUCAGUUCAACAUGAUUAUGGUGUAAUCCUACUGAGCCAUGGAUUUGAGUUUCCUUUAAAAGUAAAAGCCAAGUUGGUGUGUUGUAAAGAAAUUUUCAUGUAGCUGUGGUGCUAGUUAUUACUGGCUACAUACUUUAUUCAUGUAGUAUUGACCCCUCCCCCAAGUGUGCAAACCUUCAGUUAUAAUUAUGUACUUUGUGUGAUAUAUAUUAAAACUGUAAAGUAUAAAAACAGUCUGUGAGAAUACUAACCUUUCUGGAAGUGUUCUCCAACUUGCAAUUAUUUGUAGUAAUAUACUUUUACAGAUUUUUCCUUUAAAAUGUUUGUGCUUUUAAUUGACUAACUACUUGCUGCUGUAUAGUAAAAAUAUUAAUAUAUUUUUAUCAUUAAACUGCUGCAUGACUAUCAUCAUUGCAAGUGAAAAACAAUAAAUGAUGCCUUAAAACAGUAGAAAAAUAGUUGGAAUUCUGUAGGAAGAAUGGACAAAUCAAGAAUCUUACUGAUUCUUGAGUUUCUAAGUGUAUUCAUUUUCUAAACUACUUUGACAAAUUUAUCGAUGUGGAUUUAACUACUGUAUGUAGGAGAUUCCACGUGUUAGGAACAGAAAUGUGUUUUAGUUCUCAUUGAUUGUUAAGAGAUUGGGUCUAGGCAAGAGAAUGAUGGUUCAAAAGAAAUGUAUCUUUUGUUAAAAAUAAUUCCCUUCUUUGGAGAUGUAUUAUAAGUUAUCAAGACAAAAUCUGUUUCAGUUGUAUCCUUUGUUUCUAGUUAAAUAUAUUUGCUAACGGUGUCUGUAUAGCACCAAAUGUGCAAUAAUAUAGUGGUUAGGAAUUUUUUUUAGAAUCACUGGAAUUUAUUACAAUUGUUUUCUAAGAUGCACUUUUCCAUAAGGAAAAAGUAAGCUUCCAUGGUGCAUAUAAUGUGAUACUUUUUGGCCGCAUGUAAAACAUUGAGUGUCAGACUUGCUUUGUUUUAAUUGGAGUGUUUGUAGGCGGUUUCAUACUGUAUUUGAACUGUGAUGCAGAAAGGACUGCAUUUUCCCUGCUGUAGGUAGUUGGAAAGCUUAAUGUUUUAAUUUUUGCUAUUUUGUUUCUAAGUUCUACUAUUCCCUAUAGUGUCUAAAGUUUUAAUUCUACAGAUUAGCAGAAGCUUUUGUUUUUUUAGCAAUAACUUGUUUUGUAUGGGGAGGGGACAGUCUUGUUCCACUUGAAUUAAUUCAAACUUGUUAAACAGCAAAAUACUUAACUCAGUUUUAGACUGGACGUGGACAGUAGACCCUUAAAGAGACUUUAAGUGGUUUUAGAGUGCUUUGCUUCUCAGGGUGUGAAUGUACAUUUUAUUUGCCCCACUAUUGCCUGUGACCAGAUUUAUAUAACAUAGUAAAUGUUUGUUUAUCAAAGGCAAAACCAGAAUGAAGGUACAUAAUGAAUGAAGCAGUAAGUUCUUACCUACCACCUUUGAUUCUCUAAACCUAUUGUCUGAUUCCAGGCAAUGGUGAAGCUAUUGCAGUCAACAGAUAGGUGUUUUGUUUACUUCCCUUUCCUGAGAGUCAAAGUUCAGUAAAAGGAACUUUUCCUGACCCAUGUGUCUGAAAAUUCAGUCCUUUAUAUGAUGGAACAAGAUGAUAUGUGAAUUGUAUAAUUCUCCUUGUAACACAUUUUAGUCCAGUUCCAGCAGAAUUCUGUGUCCCAAGUCUGAGAAUCCUUUUUUCUCCCAUAGACACACUAGAUAUUUUAGGACUUGGUCAAUAAGAUGUUAUAUGAACCAUAAAUUACCUUGAUUUGAGUUCAUGUUUUUCCAGUUGAGGUGCUCAGUACUUGAUCAAGGUACAAUAACUCACAAUUAAAAUAAGCAAUAGUGAGAGAAUCUUGUUUUAAGGCCAGAUGAAUAAAAGUAAUGGUAUAUUUGAUCAUAUUCGGUAUUUUAAAAACAGUAUGUUCAAAUGUGCCAAGCAUCCACCUUUUGGAAAACAUGCCUUAUUUUUCCUGAAUAUGUUUUCAGUGUGUUGUAGGAAAAAUCCACAGUCACAAUGAUAUUUUAUAUGAAAUGCAAGAAAACUUGAAAUCCACUGCAAUAUAAACAUAGUCUGUUUUUGUUUUAUUUUUAAAUGAAAGGGACACUGUCAAGUAACUUUUAAAAUAUGAUAUCCCUUUCAGAUUAUCACAGCAUGGCAAUUGUGUUCAUUUUAAGUCCACUUGUUUUUUUUUAAGUUGCUCUGUCUGAGAAAUUAAAUAAAUGAGUUAAAAUUAGA